AUGUCUCUUAAAAGAACAUAUGUUGAAGAAAAUUUAUAUAUUGAAUCUCGUCAAGAAAUUAAAAGACUUAAACUAGAUUUACAAGAACUAGAUGAAAAAUUAAAUAAAGAAAAGAAAAGCUAUCAGAGAAAAGAAGAAACGUAUCAGAGGAUUAUUUCUAAUUUACAAAAAGAAUUAGAAACUAAAAAUGCUUCGAUUAUAGAAUUAGUUGAGCAUUAUCUUUAUUUUAAUGAACAUUUUGGUAAAUCAUUUGAGAUUUGUCAAAGUUUAUAUGAACUAGAAGUUUUAAAUAAAGUUAACAAAUCAGUUAGUACUGAUUUAGAAGUUUAUCAACAAGAAGAAGUUCAAGAAAAAGAAGUUGAAAAAGAGACUGACGAUGAAUUAGAUUAUGAUCCAGAUGAAGAAUGGUUAAAAUAUUUGAAAGAUGAUAUUUAA